AUGUUUCGAAAACCAUUCACCGUGAAGUCAAAUACGAAUUUGAGGAAUUCUGACGGACGGAAGCUCGUCAAGCGGCUGCACGAAAAGACGGCGGAGAAUGUGCCUAAGAAAGCCGCAAUCGCGCAUGUUCCACUGUUCUUCGAUGAUAAUCCAGCGGGCAUGAUGGUACCGACGUUGUACGAGGCUUGGAAUGAUCCAGGCUGUUGUCCCAUUCUUGUGAUUCCGCAGCAAGCUUUUUCGUUUCUGGAAAAUGGAGCGGAUUUGAUGCUACCCGGUGUUAUCAUAAACGAAGCUUUUCAAAUGCCUUACUUUGAGAAAGGAACGCCGAUUGGAGUUGCAGUCUUGGACAAGCAGCGCAAGGUGCGUGGCCCAUUUGCAAUUGGCAUCGCCCUGCUCUCAUCGACGGCAAUGCAAUCGGCUCGAAUGCAGGGCAAAGGAGUACAGAUUUUGCACACUUUUCAUGACCAUCUUUGGGAGAUGGGCCCGCGCAACCAACCCCCAAUCCUCGAGCCCGAUGUCUUCCAGCGUCAAAUGGGAAUCGGGCUUGUGGAAGAGUUGCAGCAGGAUGUUGAAGAGCUUCACGUAUCGGACGAGGCGGCUGCUCAAGAACCCAGAGCAGCAGUAGAAGAAAACGUCGGCGAGCAAGAAGCCGGGCCAGUGGACACCGAACCCGUUGAGCAAUUGUUGGAACGUUGUUUCUUAGCCGGCCUACGGUAUCGACUCGGAAAAUCGGCUGCCCUCCCAGUGGACGUCGGCCAAUUCUAUUCGACGUGUGUCUUGAAGUGCUUACCGGAAGGUAAGAGACUGGACGUCAAGAAGAGUAAAUACAAGAAAUUCGGCACUUUCCUGACUGAAAUAAAUAAGAAUGAUGCAGGGCCUAUUCUAACGAUUAAUUCAAAGGGAAAAGGCGUUGAUGUUAUUACGGAGAUUAACUGGGAACACCCGAGGCUCACGCGAUUCAAAAUUACGGAUGAGAGGAUUAGAGAUGAAGAGGCGACAGGUGGUCAAGCCAAUAAGAAAAUCUUCAUCGCCGAGUUUCUUGCUGUCACCGAGCCUAUGAUGCCCCUAUUAAACGCCACCGGAAGCAAAUGGUCGCGAGGAGAACUGGUGCAACCUUAUGAGAUCAAGGACCUUGUAACUGGCUAUGUCAAGAAAGAAAACUUGAAUGAUGGAAAGAUGGUGAAGCUGGACCCGAUGUUGAGCUCGAUUUCGACAGUGGCCAACGAAAAGACCGAUUGGAAUACUUUGCUUCAGAAAAUUCAAAGCCGAAUGACAAAAACUUUCGUAAUGACGUUGCCGGAUGGGCGAGAGAUGGUCAAGAAGCUAAAGAUGCCGACAGUCGUCUUCAAGCUUGAAACAAGAAGCGGUCAAAAGAAGGUGACAAUCGUCAACAAUUUGGCAGCUUUUGGGCUGGACGCAAAGGAAAUAGCGCAUACAACACAGGUUGCGGUAGCAGCUAGCGCGGCAACGGCCGAAUCACCUCUGAGCGAAGGCCUACAAAUCGUGGUUCAGGGAAACCAGGUCGGAUUUAUUAGCGAGCUGUUGAUGAAGACGUACGGCCUCGAGCGCAAGUAUAUGGACGGUCUAGAGCUGGCUGUAAAGAAAAAAAAUUACUUCGCAUGUUGGCGCCUACUGAAUCGCAUGGACGAACGUCGUGAC